GUCAGUGAUGCCGUAUAUCCUUGUUUUAAAAAAGAAGAAGAAGAAGAAAAGACUGCCCUCCCCUCCCUUUCAGGUAACAUCUUCCCAUUUUAGGACUCGGGAGCACUAACUGAGGUUCUCAGCAGAUCUCACAGCCACUGCAAACAUGUCGGAGUCAGCUGAAGCCAUCGCAGCCGAUGUGGCCAGCAAGAGAAGCGUGGUCAUUGAAAUCACAAACAUGACCAACAACUACUGCCUCAUCAACCCCAGGGCGUUCCUUGAAAAUGGGGAGACGUACAACCCGCCACAGCCCACCGUGCGCCCCCUGAAGACCGAGGUUUGCACUUUCUCCAAGUCCGGCGGCAAGGCGACCGGCAGCGUCGGCGUCCUGACCUACGACCUCCUAGAGAGGUCGCGCAACGACUACAUCGAGACCGUGGCAGUCAUGUUCUCGGUGCCGUGGGACUACCACCUGUACAAGAACUGGUUGGCGGUGGGCAUCUACGACAAGGGCCGCGCCUGUGACGAGAAGUUGUACAAAGAAAUGUACUACAACAAGACCCAGGAUCCGUUUGUCAGGGAGGAAGCCAAGGGGUCAGGCAUCAAUUACGAGGGCAAAUACCUAGACAUCAGGGCCACCAUGUCUCCUCUCGGUAAUGCCAUUAUGAAGGUGGAGGUGUGGGAUAAGGUUUUUCGCCACUAGACACGUGCUUCCCUGUCAUAUCGCAGAAUUCCUCAAUCCACCAUAUAGGCUCUUACUGUGCCGACUGUUUUUAUAGUCAGUGAUUUAACAGAUGCAUUGUUGCUGACAUGUGUCUGUACACCUGGGUAUUAGCUUUCAGUAAAUCUGCUUAAGAUCAGAGUUUAAUUUGUUUAUAAAUCCAGGAUGCAAUACACCCCUUUGUAUGAUGCCUCCAUCUGUCUCAGUGGCGUCCCAUUUUUUAAAAUGGCAUCUUUGAAAUGCGAAUCAAAGCGUGACUCACUGGAAGAUGAGGGCGGCUUAACAAAACAUGCUGAAGAGUACGUGUGUAUUUACACUGAAAGAGGAAUGAAAUAAAUAUUUGAACUGAA